AUGGUCAAGCCGCAAUCCUGGGAAGACGUGAAGCUUGUCGAUCUUCACACCCACUUGCUGGGCAAUGGCGACAGCGAGUUUUGGAUGAGGCUCUUGUUCUCCCUGCCACCGCUUGCCGGGGAGUUUCUUUUCCCAGAAAGAGUCUACGAAGAUCUCGAAGAAGCCCUGGGGAAUCGCUGCGUGCCAGAGUGGGCCCUGAACCCUGAGAAUGGCAAGGUCAAGUGCCGCAUCGGCGGGGUGAGUAUGGAGCUGGACCACGAGCAGUGGAACGCCAAAGUUCACGAAUACUUUCCCGCAUCGCGCCGGGCGACAGAGACAGGCGUCCAAACAACAAGCCCCGCAGACACGUCGCACACUACAGCGGACGCAAUGGCCACCGCGGAGGACGCAGCAGUUCCGCCGCAGCCUGCCGCAACAGCUGGCGCUGCGGAUGCGGAAGUGCCACCAGCGACCAUGUUCCUGCUGCCCCCCGAGCAUUUCCAAGCAGACAUUGUCAUUCGCCAGGACCACCUGAUCGAAGCGCUCGGCCUGACAUUAGCAGACCCGCUUGCGUUCAGCAGGAUGAGGGAGCGGCUGAUGCUCAAGCGCGAAUACUUCAAAGAAUGCAUCAUCUGGAACGCGCGCAGGCAGUGCCUGGAGAUCUGCUGUGGCGUGCCUCGGAACAAGCUCAUUGACCACAGAAACGGGCUGACGAAGACGGACCGCACGGUGUUCGAUGCCCACAUGAAGAACGCCUUCUCCAUGCUGAACCCUGACGGCACCAAACCCAGGGUGGUGGACAUGCACACGUUCCACAACUCCUUCACGCCCGAGUUCUACCCGCGGCGCUACGUUCUCAAGGACUCGCUGUACGAGCAACGGUUGGACGUGCUCGCAAUCUUGCUGCGGCACAGCCUCAAGCGCUACAGUGCCACGUUUCCGCGCACGUCCUAUGUGGAGUUUUCCCUCGGUGCCGGCGACUGCGCGCGGCCACACAUCCUGGACGUUUUGGCUGCGUUCCAUCCCUUUGCACGGGACACGUCGUUCUUCUUCACUGAAUUGGUGUGGCGGGACGACAAGAAAAGGCGCCGGCCCACAACAAGCAGCGAGGACGCCAGAGACAUGCCGCACGCGGCCAGCCAGCAAUCGGCCGCUGAUCCCAUCGCUGAUGUCGACUCGGAAGUGGAGGAAGCAGAAGCAGCAGAGGUGUUGCAGGAAGUGCUGUAUCAGGAUUCGUUUCAGGCCAGUACCCACGCGAGUCUGAGCAUGGAGGCGAGCGACGACGAUGACGAGCUCGGCUCACCUGAGCGACAUCAGUCGCAGACGAGCGACAAGCCGCCGACGCCCAACUUCAGAUACCACUACUUGCUCGAUGACAGGGAUCGGUUCCCCACGUUCUACCUGCUCGCAGGCAUUGCCAGGAACGUGAACGACAAGUACAAGGAGUGGAUGUGGGACAACCCCAUGCAGGCAGUCGCCGAGUUCGAGCGACAAAUUGCUCGGGCCGAAGACCGGGACAGGGACAUGUUCAGGGGCCAGGAAGAACAGCUUGUCAAGCUUCGAAAGGCUGCAAAGGCCUUUCCUCGGCUGUUCAGGUCACUCGUGGUGGGCAUUGACGUGAUGUCAGACGAGCUGACCCAGCCGUUCUGCCCACUGGUUGUCCCGGCGUUUGCGCGCCUCAUGCGCACGUGUCGCCGGCUCAACCCCCAGUUUGGUGUGCGCAUCCACGGCGCGGAAAACGUGCCGGUCUGCGAAGCCAAGACCAACGCGUUUCGCUGCGUGGCGGCACACGUGUUUAUCGUUCUUCGGGGGCUCAAGGUCGUGCUGCACACGCUCAAAAGCAUCACGCGCGACGACGACACGCAUUUGAACUUCAUCCGGGUCGGGCACGGCGUGCAGUUCCGCAGAAUCUUCUGCCUGACAAAGGAUGCGGAGAAGGUGGCAAAGCACCGCAAGUCGUGGCUGCUGAUCCAGUACGUCCAUGACAACGAGGCGUGGCUCAAGAACCACGUCGUUUUCGAGGUCAACCCGACAAGCAACGAUUACCUUGUGGAACGCCAGGAAGCGUCGACGUUCUGGUGGUUUGUGUCACGCGGCUUCCUGGCUGUGCUGGCCACGGAUAACGACGGCAUUUGGCCCAUCGACCGGUGCCGGCAAGGCCACUACGACCACUUUUCUCUCGCGGCUGAGUACUGCAACGCAGCAGCAGAUCAAACGGACGCGUUCUGGCGGGUGGCCAAGUCAAAGGCAUACGAUUUCGUGAUUCCAAAGCACCGCGCCGUCAAGGAACGCGUGCACCGCGUUAAGGAACGCGUGCACGAGACAGCGGUGCGAUUUCAGCUUGCCCUCUCCGCGUGGGCUGCCCGCGCGUUUGCGUUCAUGGACAUCGUGGGCGGGGAGCAGGCCCAGGCAAGGCUUGCCUUGCGAACCGUGUUUCAGUUUGCCGAAAAGCACAAGCAACAGCUGUUUGCCGGCCUCUUGGACCGGCAGCAGGUACAGCAGGUGCUCAAGGAGGACAUGAGGGUGUUCUACAAGAAGAGUCAGGCCGCGGUGAAGGCUUUCAACAAUCAAAACUGGAGGCAGCUCAGGCACGCCAUGGCCGCCUUUCGUUCCCACGCCGGCCGCCAGCCUCGAAACCGGGUGAUCCGCAGAUCGUUUCAGCACGCGCUCCCUGGUCUCUGGCCCAACAGGAUGGUUGGCGAGUGGCCCCAGGACCGCUUUUUCAGGGUGUGCUGCGAGUACUUUGCGUAUUCCGGCCAAAUUGACCUUGGUCGCGAGGGCCGGAGGCCGCCGCGCGUGUUCCUGCUCAUCAACAAAGGGAAAGGCAAGAUCAACGAAAAGGAAGGCGAGAUCAACGAAAAGGAAGGCGAGAUCCGCCAAUUCUUUGAGCUGGAUUGCAUUGAGGAGCUGGGCGACGUGUGGCGCCAGUUGGUGACACUGCGGGACUUUCGCAUUCUCCACGUUGCUCGCCCACCCAACGACUUGAUGCACAGCCGUUACAAGCUAAAGGACAAUGACCGCAGGAUCUUCUCGCACGUGUUUCUGAACACGUUCCCCACGCUUCAGCAGGUGCAGAGCGUGCUGGACAGAAUUGUACCCGAGGAAGGGCACGGGCGAGACGAGCUGACGCCUAUAAGUUCGUGGAACAUCAACCUCUUCCCUCGGCGCUUCAGAAACCUUCCAAGCAAGGCAGCCGAGCCCAAAGGAAGAAGGGGUGCCGUGCGUAUUGCGACGGUGUUCAACGACAGUUCGGACAUUCGAACGUCGGAUGGUAGUGGGUGCCAGGAAGCAGCGGUGUGCUACCCGUUCUGCUGCGACGGAGAUGCGCUGCAGGCCAGCAUUCGCUGCUUUGUCACAUUCCCCGGCAUGCAAUUCCUGAUUGGGGUGCAAGAGGGAGAUGAAGAGGGAGAGGAGGGGGAGUGGGGGGAUGGGGAAGGUGAGGAUGAGGGGGAAGGAGACGAGGGGAACGAGGAGGGGAACGGAGAAGGUGACGGGGAAGGAGGGGAAGGAAUUGAUUGGGAUGAUGAUGAUGAUGAUGACUAUGAUGAUGAUGAUGAUGAUGAUGAUGAUGAUGAUGAUGAUGAUGAUGAUGAUGAUGAUGAUGAUGAUGAUGAUGAUGAUGAUGAUGAUGAUGAUGAUGAUGAUGAUGAUGAUGAUGAUGAUGAUGAUGAAAGCGAGAAGGACAGCAAUGAAGUGUUUGCGGAUGAGGAUUCUCACCGACGUGAGAGACUGAGGAAGCGUCGGUCGGAUGAACUCGUCACGGCGUCGAAACAGCCCAAGAAGAGGGAUGACUGA